AAUCACGACCUCGAGAGUGUCUCUCGACGUGAACUUUCACUGCAGCUGAAAUCACCCAACUUUUACUUCCACGUCACUCCUUUUACACAACGCAAUACGAUACAAUACAAUACAUCCACCAUCAACACUUCACAAGAUAAAAAAGGAGAAUUCCAUCUCUUUAUUCGCCGAUACCUAGACCGAACCCAUACAAGAAGAUCCAUAGUCAAACACCCGAGUCGCCAACAUGACGCGCGCACAGCAAACCAUCUCAAUCGGUCUCCUCAUCACCUCGCUCUACCUCGCCCUCUACCUCCAGCUCGUACCUCUGCCUGAGCUAGUCCAGACCGAGAUCGUCCCCGUGCUCCCCUUCUGGGCCCUCGUCUCCUUCGGCGCGUACCUCCUCUUCCGACUAGGCUGGAACGUGAUGACCUUCCACGACGUGCCCGAGGCGCACAAGGAAUUGGUAGCGGAGAUCGAGAUGGCGAAGAAGGAUCUGCGGCGUCUCGGGGUCGACGUGGAUUAGAUCAUCUAAUACCGAGGAGAAGCAUCAACCAGAUGAGAGCAACGCUGGUCGGAAAUGGAAAAAGUGCCUGCCUACAGCAGAACAAAUGGAUUACAUCGCAGCUAUGCUCUAUCCUGUUCUGUUCUGUUCUGUUCUGUUCUGCGCAGUCAAAUCAAUUAAUAGCGAAUCCCGUCGCGAAUGGAAAGGAAAAGAAUGA